AUGCAAAAUGUUAAAGGGAAAGAUUUCAUCCUGUUUUUAAAGCGCUAUUUUUGUGUAUCGCGUGCGAAUAUAGCAGAUAAGUUUAUCGACUUCUUUUUGGGUGGCGAAGAGCAUAUUUCUCAAUCCGCGCUAGAUAACAUUGAACGUUAUUUAGCAAUGAACGCUAAUCUUUUUCCGAUAUACGUUAGGAUAACUCUAAAUAAUGCGACAUUCAACACACUAAAACUAUUGUUCCGUUUCGCACCGACCGAAACUGUUCGUAACCUUAAGUUUCGCUUUGGUGGAUCAGAAAAACACCAGACAAUUACAAAGGAUUCUACCGAUAUCAACCUGAAACGUCUCGGAGAAAGGCAAAUGAUUCUCUUGCUCAACACUCUGCGGGACAUUAGCGCUGAAAGGGCGCUAGCGCUUAUGGACAAUGUUAUUUUUGAAGCCGACCCAAACGAAGAGGACAUGAUCGAAGUUGCGAUCAGAAAACCUUUUCCAGAAGUCUUCGAUUGGGUUGUAUCGUUUAUCAUGAAAAACAACUCUUUUGAACGGACACAGUACAUUGAAACUCGUAUUCAGCGGUACGCUCAAACGAUCAUAACGCACUGCUAUGCGGAUAAUAAAGAACCUAUUAUAGACCACAUAAUACGGUUCUGCAAAGAAAACCUAGAACGCAAAGUUGUUCAAGGGUGCCUACGCAGUUUAGAUUUACUCGGGAUAGUCGUAUGCUGCAUCGAAGUUGUCCCAAAUGGUAAAACAUUUGUUGAGGAACAACGGUUAGAUUUAGUACGAAGAAUAUUAUCCGUUCUAGAAUACUACUUCGAUGGAGAAGAUUUGCGCUCACUCAAAAUCUGCCAAAGAGAAAAUGUCGAAGGUAUGUGCAAUGAAGCGAUCAAAUCACUACUAAGACAAUGGGUCAGUGGAGAUAACUAA